UUCAUUGAUUUGGACGGGUUAUAUACUGGGAGGGGAAGCAUGAACCACACUCGGCUCUCUUGCCAGCACAGAGCUGUGCUCGCUCGGCGCUCGUGGCUGCAGGACGCUUGGGCCCAAUGGAGCGUGGAGGCUGGUGGCAGUGGCUGCUGCUGCUGGCGGGCAUCCAGCUGGCCGGUAGCCAGUGCCCAGAGCAGUGCCAGUGCGUCCGCACUGCCCAGGUGGAGUGCUCUGGUGCUGGCAUCACCGCGGUCCCCAGCCCCAUCCCUGCGAACGCCAUGACCCUCCAGAUCAUCAACACGUGCAUCACUGAGCUGGGCAGUGCGUCCUUCGGCAACGCCUCCCUGCUGAUCGGGCUGCGCAUCGAGAAGAACAACCUGUCGCGCAUCAGCCCUGGGGCCUUCCAGCACCUGCCCGACCUGCGCUACCUCAGCCUGGCCAGCAACAAGCUGCAGGAGCUCCCCGUGCAGGUCUUCAAGCCCUUGAACAAGCUGGAGUCGCUGCUUCUCUCCAGCAACCAGAUCCUCCAGGUCGAGCCUUCCCACUUUGCCCACCUGAGCAACCUCAAGGAGCUGCAGCUGCACGGGAAUAACCUGCAGGAGCUGAAGGAGGGGGUGUUCGACCAGCUCACCAGCCUCACCAAGCUCAACCUGGCCAGGAACAACUUCGACCGCCUGCCGCCCCGGGCCUUCGAGCGGCUGGCACGGCUGCAGGUGCUGCGGCUCUAUGAGAACCGACUCCGGCAGAUCCCAGUGGGAGCCUUCGACAAGCUGCUGGAGCUGCAGGAGCUGGGGCUGCACCAGAACCAGUUGGAGACACUGUCCCCAGAGCUCUUUGUGCACAACGGGAACCUGCAGAAGCUCUACCUGUCCAACAACCUCCUCACUGCCCUGCCGAGUGGCAUCUUCUUGCCCCUGCGCGCCCUCGCCAAGAUCACCCUGCACGUCAACCGCCUACGGGACAUCUCCCCUGGUGCCUUUGGGCCCAUGCCUAACCUGCGGGAGCUGUGGCUUUACGAGAACGAGCUUUCCACCCUUCCCGCCACUGUCUUCAGCAACCUCACCCAGCUGCAGCUCCUGGUCCUCAGCAAGAACCGGCUGCGCUCGGUGGCACCGGGGGCUUUCCAGGGCCUGGGGGAGCUGCUGGAGCUGUCGCUGCACUCCAAUGCCCUGCGCCGCCUGGACACCCAGGUGCUGGCCGGGCUGCCCAAGCUGCAGAACAUCUCCCUGCACCACAACCAGCUGCAGGCGCUGCCGCGGGGCCUCUUUGGGGCCACCCCAGGGCUGCGGCACCUGCAGCUGCACGCCAACGCCCUGGAGUACCUGCCCGCCAGCAUCUUCUCCCCGCUGGCCGCCCUGCGAGAGGUGAAGCUGCACAACAACUCCUGGCGCUGCGACGAGGGCAUCCUGCCACUGAGGUCAUGGCUGGAGGACAACCCCCACAAGGUGGGCGAGAUACCCCCUCUCUGCGCCCAGCCCCCUGCCCUGCAGGGCAUCCCUAUUGCCGGGCUGUCACAGGACCAGCUCCUCACCCCCCGGCCACCCACUGCCUCCCCCCAUUCCAGCACCCCGCUCCCCGAUCACCCCUCCGAGGCGGCAUUGCCUGAGGGUGCCUGGACGGAGCCCCCCAUGGGGCUGCCGGUGUCCCCCCAGGAGGAGGAGGAAGAGGAGGAGGAGGAGGAGAGGGGCCAGUGGGGGCUGACACGCACGCAGAGCGGGGUGGUGGUGGCCGUCAUUGUGCUGGUGUGCGUGGCCCUGCUCGCUGCUCUCGUGGCGCUGGUGGUCUACGGCUGUAGGAAGAAGAGCCACAUCGUGCUCAUGAGGAUGAAGGCACCUAACGAAGCCUGAGCGCCCGGCAGACUGUGGGGGGAGCAGUGCAGGUGGGGCGUCCCCUCCCCACGGGACCGGGGGACAGGAUGGCAGCUCUGCAUCAGCUGCCUUCGCUGAUUUGGACAGGCCGGCAUCACCCCGCCUGCUGCGCGUCCCCCUGCCCUGCUCUGCUUUGCCCUGCCCCUGCCCCCCAGCAGGGCGUCCCCCCGGGUAACCCCCCCACGGCUGCCCUCUGUCCCCAGCCCCUCCUGCCUCCAGCGCAGCCUCUCUGCUCAUUCCCUGCCUGGGGGCUGAGAGGGACCCCUCGAGCCGGGAGCCACGGUCUGGCCAUGAUGGUGCUUACCCCCAACAACAGGACUGCCCCGUCCUUCCCCUCACAUCGUCCCCUCCAGCACUGCCUGCUGCCCUCCCCCAGCCCCUCUUCCCCAUCUUCCCCCCUGCUCCCCGCCAUGCCUUCACUCCUGCCCGGGCAGGCAGGUGCUAGCCCUCACACAAGUCCAGGGAACUGCGUGUCCUUGUCCUGCUUGGUAGCUUGGCUGCGUCUGGGCAGGAACAUCCCCGCGGGGCUGGGCCGCCCGGGCCUGGCGCUGCUGCUGGGGUGGCAACGCCCUGGGUGACUCGGCCGCGUCCAAGCUGCCCUCCCUGCCUGCAGGCACAGCCGGCAUCUUCCCUCACCCCAAGCAACCUCCUGCUCCCCUCCUGCGGCCAUGUCCCUGCCCACAGUGCCCUGCCCCAGCCAGGUGGGUGGCCGGGAAGCUCGCACUGGCCACUGCCGUGGGGGAAUUACAGAGGUGUGGUGACGGGUGGGGAGUGUGGACCUGCUGCCUGGCUGUGCCAGCUGCCCCUUCCCCAGGGGCACGUUGCAAAUGCCCUUUCCCUGUGAGGGCUGUUUGCCAGGGGCUGGGACAGGCGCCUGCGCUUGUGCCCCUGGGCUGCCGGAGCAUCCUGGGGCUGCUGGAGCAUCCUGGGGCUGCUGCCCCCAGGACUGCUGCCCCAUGGCAUCGCCUCUGCUGCACCCCAUCUCUGGUCCGCGCUGCCUCGACACCCCGGUGCGUACCCCGCCGGCUCGUGAGCAGCCUGGCCCUGCUCUGCCUGGCAAAGCUACAUCCUCUCCUCCCCUCUCCUCUUCCCACCCCACGUGUCCCACUCUGUGUGCCCGGUCCUGCUGCCUACUCCCAGCCCUCGGGCAGCGGGGAUGCUGGUGGUGCACACCGGGAGGGAUGUCAGCAAGCGCUGGCUGCUCUGCAGAUCACAGGCAGGGGCCACGCUGUCCCCUAACAGCACUUGUGUCCGGUGGCCACCACGCCUCCUCCAGCCAUGGCAUGGCCACAGAAGCAUUCAGCUGACCUCCACACGUGGUACGGCGGUGCCGGGCUGCCUGGGGAUCUCUGCCACGGGACAAGGGUCACACUUGAGCACCCCAUGGUGCUGGCUGCUCAUGGCACCCCGUGAGCCGGUGUUGGCACAAGCAGCCCCACGCUCGCACACACGAUGGGAUGCUCCUCUGGGCUGGGACACGUACAGCAUUGGGAGAUGUGGGACCGUGCCGCGGGGCUGUUGGGUGCUGCUCUGUGACCUCGCCAUUAAAGUGCAGUUGUCCACCCCUAGUGCCAAGAGCUGUUUGUUUGCUUCCCUGCAGCGCGCGAUGGAGAAUCACCCAGCAGGGACAGGAGCUGCACUUGAUUUCUUCUGCUGAGAGAUUUUAUCAUGUUGAGGGAAAACCCAUACAGGCUUGUGGAGCUGGGAGAGGGUUAGUGGGCCGUGGUCACAGACCCCAUGAUGGUCCUUGGGCUCCAGCCUGGGCUGAGGGCCCUAAAAGGGCUUGGCUGUCCAACAGGAGCAGGAUGGCUUCUGGAGAGUGAGAUGAGACCUUGGCACUCUUCUUGAGACAGACACCAAUGGCCUCCUGCACAGUCCUCCUCCCUGGGGCAGGGACCUGAGGGUUUACGCGGUGCCAACCUGGGGUGGGGGGAGCCCACGUGGCUCCCUUCAGACCUGGCUGCCCCUGGCUUGUGUCAGCUGAAUUCUUUGUGUGUCACCGUCUGCUCCAUCGGUCUGGCUGAAUGCAUGUAUGCGUGUCCCUCCUCUUGCCCCUGGGGGUGCCUCCAUGGCUGCUGCUACCCUGGACUGUUCCAACACAAGCCCUUGCA